CGAGGCGCGCGCGAUCAUUUUUCUGGACGGCGAUGACGAUCAUCGACCAAGACGUGAACGAGACUCGGAAAGUGGUGAAACCCUUGCGUGUCGUGUGUGCCUGAUUUUAAGUUUGUUUCGCAGUUCCGUUGUUGCAAAGUGCGGUUUGUGACGAGGUCGUGAGAAUGCGCUGUUGAACCGCGAGUGCGCCGCAUAUCGCCGAAAGCAUGACAUCAGCUGCUGCUACUGUUGGGCGUUCCGGUGCCACCUCGGUGCUCUCAUCUUAUCGCUUCUGGUGCUAGAUCCGCGGUCUGGUCCGUCCGUGUGAGCGUGAAAAAUCGCCGUGGCCGUCGCGAGUCAAAACAAGUGCGCCUGCCUCCUCUGUGCCGCAGGAUGUGAUGCUGAGGAUGCUGCCAAAGUGGUGAUCAUGUGUGCGGUGGGGCCCAAGGAAGGAAAAAGGUUGACAAGUGCUCGUGAAUCACAGUAACCUACGGCUCUCUCGUGCUCGCGAGUGCAUUCGAUUGAAAAAGUGCAAAAGAAGUAGAAAAAAAGAGGAAGCAGCAGUGUGGCCACCUGCUGCCGGUUGGUGUGUGUUUGCGCGUGUGUCCGGGGGGAAGUGGCCAAGUUAAUUGUGUUCGGUAGAGUGUCGACCGGAAAAUGGAUCCCUUCGGGAUGGAAGUGCAGUGCAAUCUGUCGUCAAAUGGUGCUGGUGGUGGUGCUAAUCCCAAUCAAUCACCAUCCCCCUUAGGUGCUGUUAGGACAAACCUUGUGAGUCCCGGGGAGGCCGUUGCGACCGGAAUGUUAGCGACACCGACGCAACCCCUCAAGCCCGUGAUGUCGUCACCGUCCACACCGAAUGAUCCGGACCAGCAGCACGAGAAGACGGAUUGUACGCCGGAAAACUCGAAGAAGAGCGACGGUGACACACCGGUCGACGCACCCGAUGGUGGUGCCCGGGCCGGUGAUAUCGCUGCUGGUGCUGGUACCGAAGAGAAAGGAGUGUCGCUGCAGGAUAUGCUGAAGGGUAAAGGUGUGGCCGGCAGUGGCGCCGAGGAACCAUCAUCUAAGGAGGCGGCGUCAACGGAAGCAUCGGUGGCCGAAUCGGUGCGCAAUGCAUUCGCUUUUACGAUCGAUUUCGGGGACGGUCGGAAGGCAGUGGAUUCGCAGCGGCACGAGAAAAUGCUGGAACGGUUCCAGGCACGCCACCGGCGUGGUGAAUCGCUCUCCAAGCUGGAAUCAUCCUCCGGGGCCAGACAAACGGCGGUUGCGCCGUCACCCCAGCAGCAACAACGAGUACCACAGAGUGUGAAUCUUCCACGUCGGAACCGGGGCGCCGACAGCGGUGAACAACAACCGAUGAUGAUGGAGAUGAUGGUGGACGUUUCCGGUGGACGGCCGGCAGCGGUGAAAUUGCGCGAAAAGAACCAACGCUCCGUUGGACGGGAUCAGGUGCCCGGAAAACGCCACAGCUGGAGUCCGCGAACGAGCGUAAACGAAGCGGUGAUGAAUAGCGGUGUCACGCCGAAUCAACGGGACGCGGUGGCCACAGGAGGAACACCGAAAGGUGCCACUAAGGCAGCGGGUGCGACGACAAAAGGACGCUUCGCGCCGAAGUCUACCACGUUAGCGAUGGCUCUCGAGGCGCAGCAGGCUGCCGGGAUGAAGGACAGCUCCUGUUCCAGUUCGGAGUUUAACGCUGAAAGUAUGGACUCAUCCGGUGGCAUACCGUGUCUGGAGGCACCGUUGGAGAACUUCCGUACGGCCAAGGGUGACGGUGAUGAGGUCAGCGAAACCGGUACCUACACGCUGGAUGGGGACAACUACACGGAGGAGCAAAAGGAACGGAUGAACAUUGAUCGGAUCAGUGGCAGCGCAGCGGCACCGGUGAUCGCUCCCGGUUCAACCGAUCGGCCCGUACGACCGACAGCAUUCCGAGAGGAGCUGGAAGUGAUCGAUCUGGAUCGAUUAACCACCGGCGCCCCUAAUGCUGCCAGUGAUACUGGCCAUACGAAGCCCGCGACCGGAACGAUGGCACCGGAGAAACGGAAACACAACAUUCUUGAGAUUUCUUACUUUCACGAACCCGCUAUUACGGGGCAGUCGGCCGGCACAGACAAGGACCGCACGAAAGCCAAACAGUCCUACAUGGAGAAGCUGAAAUCGAGAAUGAAAAACAUCGCCCAAGGGGGGAAGGCUUCGCACGACCGCAAACAGUGCUUGGUAGAGCUGGAGUCCCCGGAUCAGGGUACGUUCACGUCCGUCACGACGAGCGGUAUCCUCAGUCUCAAGCCAACGCUCGAAGGUAACCCAAAGGUUGUGACCCGACGACGGAAUAGUCUUUCAAAGUCACACAUCGACAGUUCCGAGUACGUGCAGGGGGUGGCCAAACUAAAUAUCCAUGGUACGGAAACGGAGGAAAGUCAUCCGCCACCCGGCGAUCAGCUCCACCCGGAGCAUAAGAUCCUCAACUGCUACACGGACUCGGAGAAGGCGCAACAGCACGGUAUGAUGGCGCAUGGAU